CUCUGAAAUUUGUUUUUCAGGUGACCAAAGCCACAUAAUGUCAAUAGUUCGUUCAUCGGUCCAUGCCAAGUGGAUAGUAGGGAAGGUGAUUGGGACAGCAAUGCAAAAAACUGCUAAAGUGAGAGUUACUAGACUUGUUCUGGAUCCCUAUCUAUUAAAGUAUUUUAAUAAGCGAAAAACCUACUUUGCUCAUGACGCUCUUCAGCAGUGCACAGUUGGAGAUAUUGUGCUUCUCAAGGCUUUGCCUGUUCCACGCACGAAGCAUGUGAAACAUGAACUGGCUGAGAUCAUUUUCAAAGUUGGAAAAGUCAUAGACCCAGUGACUGGAAAGCCCUGUGCAGGCACCACCUACCUGGAAAGCCCAGUCAGUCAGGAAACCACUCACCUAGCCGAAAAUCUGAAAGAACUUGAUAUCUCUUCAAAACCCUGAAGGUGGAUUAGAAGGAGCAAAUUUACAAGCUUCCUUUAUGGAAAAAUAAAUUUUUUAACCAACUGUCCAGUUUCUCUUUUGAUGUUUAUGAAAUAGCUACAGUACAUGCACAAAGUGCUUAUUAUAAUUUUUCAUAAAUGUGUGUGGGCACGUUACACUAAGUACGCCUGAUAGUCUACUGCAUUGUUUGGCACAUGCAUGGUUGAGAAGAUGUCUUGUUUUGUUUCCAUUCAAAAAAAUCUUGAAUUUAUAUUAGAGCCUUUACUUUGGAAGAAGAAACCUUUUGAUGCCAUAAACAAAUAAUACCACAUUAAGUGAAUACUUAUUUUUGAUAGUUUAUAUUUGAUUUUUUUUAAAUGAUUGCCUUUUUUUUCCCCCAAAGAUUUAUUUAUUUAUUUACAUAAGCACGGGGUACAGUCAGAAGCGCGGGAGGGUGAGAGAAUUCACCAGAGCCAGAGGGAAGAGCAGAGCAGGUGGAAAGACCGAGGUACACUGCUGAGGGGAGCAGCGGGCGCGACAGGAGAGGUCUGCUCGUCAUGUGGGAUGCUCACCCACAAGCCGGGAUUGAACCUGUGCUGCAGAGGCUGCAGACAGCUUCACAGUGUGGCACGCAACUGCCUGCACCACCAGGGAGGCCCUGAUAGUUUAUAUUUGAAAUUAAUUUUUUCUUUAACCAAUUCCAAACAAUCAAAUGCUUGAGAAUAGACCUUAUCAGAUUAAAGUCUGUAUUAAUAAAAAUGUUGACA